CAAAGCAAAUGGAAGAUCUUUUAAUACAAAAUGUCAACCUGGAAAAGCCUGAAAACCACCUGCAGCACCGCACCGAUGGCUUCGACGGUGCCAAGUCUCUGGUGGUCCGAAGAGGAGCUCCGUUCAAGGUCACUGUCCAGCUGAAAGGGCGACCCUUUAACCCCAACACGGACCACAUACGGAUCAAAGUCAUGCUGGGCCGCCUGUACGUGGUGAUGCCGGUCACCUUCCACAAGGAAGCCUCGGCCACUCGCUGGAGAGCCUACAUGGACCCGGAGGGUCUGAAUCUGAAGCGACCCUCCAUCUACAUCUCCCCCCCAGCCGUGGCCUCGGUGGGCAGCUACAGGUUCCAGCUGUGCGUCUUCACUCCGAUCGGGAAACAGUCCGGCAAGUUUGGAAAGUUCGUCCUCCUGUGCAACCCGUGGUGCAGCGAUGACACGGUGUAUAUCCCGUUCGAGGACCAGAGAGAAGAGUACAUCCUGAACGACUCCUGCUUGCUGUUCAUGGGCUCCUGCAAGAACGUGGUGUCCAGGCCGUGGUCCUACGAUCAGUUUGAACCCGGGGUCCUGGAAGCCUGUCUGAAUCUGCUGCAGGUCAGUCCGGAGCACCAGAAGAACCGGCGGCGGGACUAUCUUCACCGGAACAACCCCGUCUACAUCAGCAGAGUGGUGUCCGCCAUGAUCAACUCUGAGGACGACCGCGGAGUUCUGAAGGGAAAGUGGUCCGGCACCUUCAAGGAUGGGGUCAAUCCGGCCUUGUGGACCGGCAGUGGGGACAUUCUGACAAAGUGGGCCCAGUCCGGCUACCAAGCGGUCAAGUACGGCCAGUGCUGGGUGUUCGCUGCUGUUAUGUGCACAGUGAUGAGAGUCCUGGGCAUUCCCUGCCGCGUUGUCACCAACUUCAACUCCGCUCACGACACCAACGGAAACCUGGUGAUCGAGGAGUACUACAGUGAGACGGGCCAGAAGCUGAGGCACAGCAAAGACAGCAUAUGGAACUUCCACGUGUGGGUGGAGUGUUGGAUGGCGCGCGGCGAUCUUGGUUCCGGCAUGGACGGAUGGCAGGUCCUGGAUCCGACGCCUCAGGAGCGGAGCGGAGGUGUGUUCUGCUGCGGCCCGGCUCCGGUCAGAGCCAUCAAGGAGCGGCGCAUCGACCUGCUCUACGACGUGCCUUUUGUCUACGCCGAGGUCAACGCUGACGUGCACACGAUGAUCGUGAGUCAGGGCCAGGUGGUCAGCCACAGCAUGGACACGGAGAGAGUCGGGUCUCUCAUCUGCACCAAAGUCGUCGGCUUCCCCCGAGUCCAGAACAUCACCGGAGACUACAAGUUUGUCAAAGGUUGGACCUCCCCGAUGUCGUCCAGGAGCUCCACUCUGUCGUCCAGGAGCUCUGGGUAUUCCGAGGACUCGACUCUGACAAGAGCAGGUUCCUCCUCCGGCGCCACUGUCUCCCUGGAUCUGGAUAAAGCUCCAAUUGCAGGAGAACCCAUCAACUUCACCAUCAAGGUCAUGAACCUGCAGAAGGUCAGCAAGAUGAUGAAGCUUCACCUGAAUGCUCAGGCCAAAGAGUACAACAACAGUCCCUCCGACACCUUCUGGGAGGUCCAUGGCGUUCUCCACCUGGGUCCCAUGGAAGUGAAGACCAUAAAGAAGCAGAUCUUUCCAGCCGAGUACGAGGACGUGGUGGGUGACGACCUCAUCAACCUGGCUGUGGUUGUGGAGGACACGUCCAGUGAGGACCGGCUCCUGGCCUCCGAGGAGUUCAACAUCGCCAGCCCGGAGCUCAUCAUUCAGAUUCCAGAUGAAAAAUCCGUCCGCGUGAACCAGGAGCAGGUGGCCACAGUGACCUUCAAGAACCCCUUUUCCCACCCGGUCAGCGGAGCUCUGACUCUGGUCGGCUCCGGCUUGAUCCGCGGAAAACUUAAUUUCAGACUGUCUGCGCUGAGAGCCGGAGGAACCGUGGAGCAGAGCUUCAGCUUCACCCCCUUCAUGCUGGGGACCAAAAUGCUGCAGGCCAGUCUGUCGCUCUUCAACACCAACUCCACCAUCCGAGGAUUCAAGAUGAUCUACGUCAACAGGUCCUGAACACCACUGAACAACGGCGGAAGUGUGACAAUGAGAGAAACUACGACCGGUAAAAAUGUAAAUUCUAUUUAUUUAUUUAUUUAUUUGUGAGCUUGGAGCUGUGCCUGAACUGCCGGCUGAAAACGUUCUGUGUCUGGAAGCCGUUUCCCGCUU